GGAAGUGGUGGUGUUGGUGCUGCUGCUCUUCUUCCCGUCACAAGUUGAAGUGGAGCGUGUGCGCGGAGCGGCCCCAGUCCAGUCACAACAAACCGAUAAAACCCUCACAAACAAAAACCCGCACCUUACAUGGAGGCGACCGGCGGCCACCGCUUGGGGCAUCUGUAAGAAAGAACCCGCCGGCCGCGUGGGGCCUAACCAAACCGGGAGCCUGAGGGAAAGGCUCGGAGUGGGGGGGCUUUGGACCAGGAAGAGGAAUGAGCCGGAGACUGCCUUAACGUUAGCGCCCGCCGAGGAAGGAAGUGAUUCCCUUCACAAAACAAACCCGGCGCGGGUCAAAAGGCUGGGACUUGCCAGGCGUUUUUUUUAAAAACUUGUGUUUUUCUUUGUUUUUUUUAAUCUGAAAGUCGGACGGAGAGAAGAGUCUGUAGACUUUCCCCCCUCCCCCCGCUACUUUUAAAAACGAUUUGACUGUAAUUAUUGGGAAGAUGCUCCCCCUGAAGAAGUAUUUCACAGAGGGUCUUAUCCAGUUCACUAUCCUCCUGAGUCUGAUGGGGGUCCGGGUGGACAUUGACUCCUAUCUGAAUGCUCAGCUGCCCCCUUUCCGCGAAAUUAUCUUGGGCCAGAGCUCGGCUUAUACCCAGACUCAGUUCCACAACUGGAGGAACACGCUGGACGGCUACGACCUUCACCCGAAGAGCGUGGACCUGGACUAUUACUUCACGUCCAGGAGGCUGCUGAACGACGUGAGGGGCUUGGACCGGCUGCUGGUGCCCAGCACCGAACUCAGCGCCUGGCUGGUGCACAGCAGCAGCGGCGGUGGCAGCCGGGAGGCGGACAGCUCGGUGGCCGCCCCGCAGCCCAGCCUGCCGUUGGACAACCCGAGUGGGGUGAACGAGGUGACCGAUCCGGAGAGUGGAAGCAGAGGCAACGGUUCCUCUGAGCAGGUCGAGGAGAACCUGGGGGCAGUGGGAUUGCCAUUAAGUAGCGAGUUGACCAAGGAGGACAUUGAUCUGAUUGAUAUCCUGUGGAGGCAGGACAUAGAUCUGGGCGCUGGGAGAGAGGUUUUCGACUACAAUUACAGACAAAAGGAAAAUGAGCAAGAAGACGAAGAGCCGAGCCAGAAGAAUGAAGAGGAAGUCAGAAAUGAGAGCAGUGGAUUGCUGCAUGGGACUGUUCAAGUGGAUGGGGAGACAGGAGAACAUGUUCCCAAUCAGGUGGCAGACGCGGCGGAGCAGACUGCACCUUCCUUUGAGGAAUGCUUGAGGCUUCUGGAUGAAACAUUCUCAUUCGGGGAGGAUUCCGAGUUUCCAGCAGCAGUGUCCUCAGUGCUGAAUGAAGCUCUCGACAAUGCUCUGCCCAGCACCAGCGACAGUCUGACUGCAGGCUCACAGAUGACCCUCCUUCCACCUCUUUUGAGGCCCGAGACUCCUUUAGACUUAGAACAACAGUGGCAGGAUCUUCUGUCCCUCAUGGAACUACAGGACAUGGAGGUGACCAACAGUAAUGACUCUGGCAGCAGCAGUGCUGAUGUGCCCACAAACUAUAACCAAACUCCAGUCGCACCCAUCAAUCAAGAUGUGAGUCUGCACAAUGCCACCUUGCCGCCUUGUGGCCAGGAUUUCCCUCCCUUCUUCAAUUCACACUUGGAGAACCCUUCUGUGAAUGGUGGUCCCAGCCUCCAACAACUGGCAGCCACCAACUCCACCAGCUUUGAUGCCACCUUUGGUUCCACCAAUUUCACAGGGUUGUUCUUCCCCCCUCGGAUUAAUGGAACCAGCAAUGAGACUUCUGGCUGCAGCUUCCCGGACCCUCUGUCUGGCCUGCUGGAUGAGGCAAUGCUGGAUGAGAUCAGCUUUAUGGACCUGGCCAUGGAAGAAGGAUUUGGUCCAAUGGAGGCCUCUCAGAUUGAGGAGGAGCUGGACUCUGAUUCUGGCCUCUCUCUUGAUUCAAGUCACAGCCCUGUAUCUCCAAGCAGCUCUGAAUCCUCAACCACCUCCUCAUCCUCUUCCUCCUCCUCCUCCUCUUCCUCCUCCUCAUUUUACCAGGAAGGGGCUGUUGGAUAUAGCACUGAUUCAGAAACUGCAGAUUCUGAACAACCUGAAAGAGAGGGUGCUGUGGGAGGUUAUCAACCAGAAUACAGCAAGUUCUGCCGAAUGAGUUACCAGAAUCCCAACUGUUUCCACUCCCUGCCUUGCUUGGAUCAAGUCAACCACAACCACACCUAUAACCUACCAGCUGGACCAUCCGUCUCCAGUCAACAGUAUCACCCUGGCCCUGGAAAGAAAGCGCCAAUAAAGGAAACACGUUCCAAUCACGUGGAUAUACAUAUGGGCCGCGAUGAGCGGAGGGCUAGGGCACUGAAGAUCCCAUUCUCCAAUGACAAAAUCAUCAACUUGCCUGUUGACGAGUUUAAUGAGCUUCUAUCCAAGUACCAGCUCACUGAUGCCCAGCUGACCCUUAUCCGUGAUAUCCGGCGCCGUGGGAAAAACAAACUGGCGGCUCAGAACUGCCGCAAGAGGAAGCUGGACACUAUCCUGAACCUGGACCACGAUGUGGAUCACCUGAAGAAGCAGAAGGCCAGGCUGCUGAAGGAGAAGGUGGAGUUUGUCAAGUCCUUACGGCAGAUGAAGCAGAAACUGCAGGAGCUUUACCAGCAGGUGUUUGGCCGGCUGCGGGACGAGGAGGGAAGGCCGUACUGCCCCAGCCAAUACUCCCUGCAAUACACUAAUGAUGGCAGUGUGCUCAUCAUGCCUCGGGCCCUGAUUGCUCAGCAAGGAAGAUCAGAUAAGAAGAAAAACAAUAAGAAGAAAUGAAAUCUAUAGCCAGCCCUGGUGUCUGGCUUUGAACUGAACUAGAGAAAGGAACUCAGCGAGAGGCAGCGCCUCCAGAAAGCUGCUGCUGACUUUUACAAAUAGACACCUGACAAUUCGCACCUUCUUGUAUUUGAAAAUAUCUUGCAAAUCUGACACCUGCAGGUCAGUUAGGAUGGAACGGUAUCCCAGGAGGGUCAGUGACAGGGCUUAAUGGAUUGAGUUGGUAGUUUGCUUUUUGACCACAGCUUGAGAAUCAACAAGUGUGUCUCCACUCCAGCUGUGACCCUAUUGCGAUGGAUCGGUGUGUGUCUGGUUCGAGGGAGGGGUGGAAGAGUUUGAGAUUUAGCAGCUGUCUCUCUGAUUGAGACACCCUGGCUGUGGGUAACAAACUGCUUGGCAAAAUCAAUAAGGAUUUUUUUUUUAGAAAAAGCCUCUUUGCUCCACACAGUUUACAAACACAAACUAGAAACUGAGUUCAGUUGUUACUUGAAUAAGGGAGUUUGUUCACAGGCACUUUUCAUCAAACAGCUUUAAGACAACUUCAAAAUAACAUGGCUGCACGUGCUUUGAAAUCGAGGUGGGAAAGGUUACUGAUAGAGGUUGUAUGGAUGAGGUGCAGUUGCAUAGAGAUCAUUUUCUGGCUGAGGCACUGCUGCUUGCAGUCUCUGGCCUGCCAUUCAUAGCAUGACAUUGCUGUGCAGGAAUCUUUGCUAAAUGGUAAAUUUCUGGCAUGAUUUGAAGAGAAAAUCCACUUUGAGCCAUCAUGCAAUGGCUAUGUCUAUGAAGUGCAGAACUUGAGCCUUGCAAAUUUAGUCGUAUUUAUAUCAAACGCACUUCACCCCUAACCCUAUCUCUAACUGCCUUACCCUUCCCACAGUCUGGGGCAGCUGAAUGGAAAUGCUUGCAAUUCCUUUCUGUAAGAGGCUAUUAAGAAAUUUGAAUUGAGGUGGGGCCAGGCAAUUGCUGGGCUUGGUCCAUCAGCCAGAGCCCAGACCUCCACAGCGCCUCAGUUUUAACUUGAUUAGAUGGGGCAAUUGAUAAGUAGGAUUUGAGAUUUAAAGCAGUUGGUUACUUGCUAAUGCGUGAUGCAGUUAUGGUGCAGGUUAUUAAACAGAACAAAGGGUAUUGCAGGAGUACUGUGAACAAGGAAACAAUGUGGCCACUCAAGAUUUUCAAUGUAUGACAUAAGUGAGAUGAAUUUUUUCUCACUGCCCUCCUCCAACUCCUUCCCAACAUCAGGUAUUUUCUGGCUAGUUGUGUGGAAAGAGGGAGGGAGAGUGUCAGUUGGAGAUGGGAGAAGGUGUGGAAAAAGAGAUGGUUCCUAGAUAUUUCUCAAUGACUUAAAAUUAUUCUGAGGAGCAGUGGGGCGGUACUUUGUUUUCCCUAGAUAGUUACAGUGAAAUCUGGAGAUCUUUGUCAAGGGAACCUCUACAGUUCCCUUUCCUCCAUUCUGUGCUGUGAUUUAAUGGGCAAUUAGGUGUCUCCAGGUCCCCAUUUCUGUGCAUCGAAAGCAUUGAGUGCAACUCUUCCUUAAUGGAUUCUUGGUGCAUUAUGUAACCUAUUAAAAGGUUGAUGCUUCGUGUGUGCCUCUAAAUCGUAGCCUUUUCCAUCUUUGCCUGCUUUCUUUUAGUUUUUUUUUGUGCCUGGUUCAUCAGCCAAGAUCUGUUGUCCUGCUGCGUUCAGCAAGUCACUACAUGGGGAUCUGCAAGACUGAAGCACACCAUUUUGAUUUUAGUCAUACGUGUUUUUGAAAUAUAGUAUGUUGGGUUUAGAGUGGGGAUGGGGAAACUGUCUAGACUAGAUUAGCUCUGAAGCUGAAAUCAGAUGGUUAGUGCAGAUUUUAUAAACUCGCUUGGUCAGGACACUUAUUGCCUUUCAUAUUAAUUCCUGGCACUUGCAGCCAGAUCAGAAUGAAGGCUAACACCAUUUGCAUUGAAAACCUCUGUUUUAACAGGGGGUAAAAUAAAUGGAUUACAUCUCUAAUGCAAGAGGCACUCUACAAACUGGAAAGGUGUUCAAAGAGCUUUCACGUUUAUCCUGGAAAUCUGAGCGCUGUUUAAUCUGCAUUUAUUAGUCAAGGAAAAUAGUUCAGGUUGGAAUUAUUGCUUUGCAGGGUGGAAAACAUUUUACACUUUUGAUCAUAAACUGUGUUAUCAAACUAACUAGCUCAGGGUUGUAACAUCAUGGCGAUUUAGAGAAUGCAGAAAAUGAGAGACAUAUUCUCUGAUCAUUCCCAUGGUUUAUUGAUUGGAAUUGGAGAUGGGUAAAAUGAUUCAUUUACAACAACAGGAUGCUGCGAGUCUGCAGGAUGUGUGCUUGUGAGAGUGUGUUGAGAUGUUCUGGUUGCAUUUCUGACCUGAAUCCUGUCACCCUGCACCUCUAAAGAUGACUUUGUUUCUAUGAAUAAGCACUGCAUUCUGACCUUUCUGACUGACAGUGGCUAGUGUGGAGAUUCUUAAGAACCAGCUUUUGGCUGCAGCUCACAUUAAUCAUAUUCCAAAUAGAGAAACCUAUAAUCUUCAGGCAGAUUGGCCACAACUGUCUAUGUUGACAGUCGAUGCACCCAACCUCCACUAUUGACUGAGCCAUUUGUAUAAUCUGUGGCCCUACAAUCCCUGCAUUGCAUGAUCAGUAUGAUGCAGUAAACAUCCAAAACACUGGAAUUGAAGAUUCAGCUCCUCCUUCACUUUGCCAAGACUAAUGGGUACACAGUGAGAAGGGAAACUUGUGAACAAUAGGCAGACAGUAUCAGAAAUGGCAUCCUCCACCUGCUGCAAACAUAUAUCAAUCUCCUGUGGAUCUCAAGAAAUGCUGACAGUCUUGGGUCAGGUGAUGCUGCAGUUUUCCAUUAACUUGUUAGUUUACUUCAUGUUCAGUGUAGCAUUUCCAACAUGCACAACCUCCCCUUCAUUUGUGUCUGAAAAUACAGCUUAAAUGAACAGAUUUGAAGUUCACAACCAAUAUUAUUUAUGCAGGGAAUGUACCAAGUGUGACUGCAUUUUUAAUUACAGCUAAUAUCAAGUCAUCUCUUGAUUCUUGAGUAAGAUCAGUGUACCAAGUGCUCAGUCCUUCAGCCCCUGUAGCUGGGAUGUGAUUAGAGUCAGCUGGGAUGUGUUGGUGUCUGACGAUCCUGAGCUGUCUCUAAUGUUGCACUGGGUGUUUUACAACUGUUGCAGCCUUACCUGAAGUUGGCUGUGGGGCCUUUUAAUCAGAGUCUGGCUCCCUCUACUGUUGCUAUUUUAAAAUUUACAUGCACUGCAUUUUUCUCCUUGCCUGAAUGCAAUUUAUGACUCUGGGUUUUUGAGUUAGACUGACUGACUGACUUGUCAAGAAAGCUCACACAAGGGAAACUGGCUCUGACUGGGAGAGGAGAUGGAUUGCUGUAAUUGAGCUGAAUCAUAUGCAUUAAGAAUUGGCAAUGCCAUAAUAGACUGAAGUUCAACUUUACCCAUAAUGUGUUUGUGCCUGAUGUAUUGCAGUCUCCAGUGUUGUCCGGCUACUGUAAGAUUGAGAGUAGCACAGGUUAAAAUCCCUGCUGUAUUUUAGGAAAAUGUGUAAAAUGUACAAACAGGGCUUAUACUCAGUAUCAAGAUCCUCCCAUUUCCCCCUUUCUUCAUAUCAUUCAAUUCUUCCUCAAUGUUUCUAGCUUCCCCUUUAAAGGCAUCAUGACUUUAAUCAACAUAACACUGGAGUUGCUAAAAUAGAAGAACUUUGAAUGCUGAAGAUCUGAAAGAGAAAGCAAAAUUGCUGGAGAAACUCAGCAGGUCUGGCAGCCUCUGUGGAGAGAGAAACAGGUAACAUUUCAAGUCCAGUGACCCCUUCAGACCCUUCCUCUGAAGAAGGGUCGCUGGACUUAAAACAUUAACUCUGCUUUCUGUCCACAGAUGCUGUCAGAUCUGCUGAGCUUCUCCAGUGAUUUGUUUUCCUGUGUAGGAGUUGCGAAGUAGGAUAGGCAAUUUCCUUCAGAUUUUUGACUGUUUGGUGUCUGGCUUUCCAUAAGGCAGGUGAGUUUAAUUUGGGACAACAAUUUGUUGUUUUAAUCUUUUUUUUAAGCGGAACAUUAGAGUCAGUGGAUGGAGAAGUUCUCAACUCUUACAAACAAAGGCUAAAUGAAGCUCAAAAUUCCAAAUGCAAGUUCAGUACCUGGAGAGAUGCAGACAAGAUGACAACCAUUGUUGCUGCACUCUGCCUGCUGGUCUCCAUUCUAAAACACUGCUAGCAUUUACUUGCCUGGAGUUAAAGCAGGUUUCUAACCCUUUUCACAUGUUCCCACUUGCUUAAAAAUGAAACAAUCAAGGUUUUGAAUGCUCAAAAUUGUGCUGAGAGGUCAUAAACUGUAAUGAGGUGUGUCAAACCUGUCUGUUAAAAUUAGCAUAUCCUCUGAUCAUACAAUUCCAAGGUUCAGUACCCAGGGACAACACUGGUCUGCCAUUGUUCCCAGGUGUCAAUUGCCAAAGAACAGGGGCAGUGUUUCUAGAAACUGAAAUCAUGGCUAAAGCUGACACUGCACAUCUGGUUAGUUCUGAGGAGGUUUCUAACAGCACCUACUCAAUGUUUGCUCAAAAGAGAUUACUGAGGAGCCUUGUACUCCCAGCUAUGUGUGUGAUUGUUUCCUACCACCAGCCUCUGCAGAAUAACCAGUAAUCUCUUGUCUUUUUGGUUUUUGUACUUAUUUAUGUUAAGUUAUAGAUGAUGGAGUCUCUUCUAUUUAACUGUUUUAGUUUCCUGUCAGAUUUGUGCAGAUAUCUAAUGUUGCCUGUAACUAAUGUCUUUUUCUCUUGGCUUGGCAGGGAAUCUCUCAAAUCUGUUGUAUAUUUUUCUUUACAUGGAAACUUGCAGCAAACCAGGAUUGUUUGGGGAGGGAAAUUCAAUAAAUUAAUUCUAUUUUCA